AUGACGAGGGGCGUGAGAGCUCUGGGUGAGAAUGGUGCCAGCUCACCUGGGGUGACACGAAAGUGCCCUGCCUACUGCCUCGACUCCCAGAGGAAACUCCCCAGCACCGACCGGCAGUGUGCCGUCUGCGGCCACAGAUGGUACCUAAAAUGGAACCCCCUCUCCGGUCUGCCUAAGCGAAGCACCUCCCAGCUCCAUGGGCGUCAGAGCGGUGGUACUGGGGGAUGGCACCCUGACCCUGAUCUGGACGUCCGCGGUGUGCAGGGGGUGAACCUUCAGCAGCCUCUAAAAGUCCUCCUGGUUUCUAUGCAAUUAUUCUACUUCACCAAUGUGGUCAACCUGUCUUCAGUGACCUGGCUCAGCAUCCUCUACUACGUGAACAUUGUGCCUAACAACGGACAACUUUUCAUCUGGAUAAAGAGACACAUCAAGAACGUGGUGUACUUUGGUCUGGUUGCAGACCGGGCUGGGCUGGGUUUAGCUGUGGGGAUCCAGCACAGCACAUCUUUAUGGAGCAGAGGAGCAGCCGAAUCCAGGAUCCAGGCAGCUAGCAGCAUACUCCUGCUCUCUGCUGGGUUUACAGAAGCGGCCCUCACCUGUCAACAGGUGCACCAGAGAGGAGUGGAAGGGUUGAAGGGUGGAGGGGGAGGGGGGCUGCGAGCGGACCACCCCUUCUUUUCAGAGGUUGACAGAUGGAUCAGGAAUGUCCCCCACAACACAGAGUACCUGGACCUGUCCAGAAACCUGUUGACAGUGGUCCAAGCAGGUUCAUUUGGGACCCUGUGGAGCCUGAGGGUGCUCCUUUUAAAAGAGAACAACCUCAGCCAUGUAGAUGACGGAGCUUUCUCCUCCCUCCAGGGGCUGAGGAGGCUGGACCUGAGCCGUAACCACCUUUCUGCCCUGGGGACUGGCUUCUCCCUGGGCCUUGAAUCCCUAACCGAGCUCCUGCUGGAUCACAACCAUCUCACCGUCCUCGAGAGUGGGACCUUCCACAGCCUGGAUAGCCUCCAGAAGCUGGACCUGAGCAGCAACCUAAUCUCCACAGUAAAGCCCAGAGCCCUGGGUUACCUGACUGGCCUGCGCCAGCUCCACCUGGAGGGGAACCAUCUAACCUCCCUGGGUUCAGGCCUCUUCUCCACACUGCGCUCCCUGGAGGUGCUGGGCCUUCGGGGGAACUUGAUCAGCUCCACUGAGCCAGGAGUCUUCGCCCCUAUGUCUUCCCUAACUCUGCUGGACCUGGCCCUCAACCGUCUAAGCACCUUGGGCUACAGGACCCUGUUGAGCAUCCACACCCCCAGCCUCCAUGUCCUGUUGGAGGGCAACCCCUGGCACUGUGAUUGCGACCUGCAGAGGGUGUUCAGGAAGUUGUCCAGCAUCCACAGGGUCUUCCUGGAUGACUACCAGGAGCUGAGGUGCAGCCAGCCCACCGAGCUACAGGGCAGGUCCAUGGGAGAAGUGGAUGAUGAGCUGUGUGUCGGAGAGACUGUGACAGUGCUCAUUCUGACGGUCACCGUGGUGAUCACCGUGGUAGCUGCCAUUAUCAUGGCGGAGAAGAACAAGAAGAAUAGCGUGGCUAAGAACUGGGAGGAGAACGUGGGGCUGGACACCUACUGUGACAAUUACAAUUAA